AAAGUUUGGUAAAAACUGAAGCUUGAUCUAGGCUGGUGCUCCAUCUCCCCAAAGAAGUGGUUACUUCUGUGACUCUCAGGGUUGGGGUUAACUGGCAGUCAUUAGAAUUGAAUUGUUGAGUUUUGGUGUUUUUGUUAAACUUUUGUUUGUGCAUCUUAUUUCCUAAUACAUCUUCUACAUCUAUACUCCUUCCGCAUCUUUCAUGCAAGUCCUCAUGCCCUUCAGAAUUAGCUUUUUUUUUAAACACCACGGAGAUAUUCCAUUCCAUCCUCUGUGUUAACUGUUGUCUGGUCAUCAACAUCUCCUUUCCAGUUCUUCGAUUUCACAGAAAGUGCUAUUCUGGAUAUUUUGCUGUCCGUGGAACCUCUUUCUGUCUUUGAGUAGGUUGCCUUUUGAAAGUACUUUCUAAACUGAAACCUCUGUGUUGUUUUUAUUAUGUAGAUGAUCAGGGAUGCCAAAGUAGUAUUUAUCUUGUAUUCAGGGAUUCCUUGCUUUGUAUCCCAGAGGACAUUUCAUUUCAUAGUAGAGAACUUGUUAGCCAGAAAGGCUGAAUUACCCGCAAUUGAUGAAAUUAUACUUAAUUAUUUGGCUCAUUAAAAAUUGGUAGCUGAGUUUGGUCAGCAUUUUCUUUCUUGGGGGCAAGCAGUGGGGUUCUUGACAGAGAUGAAUUUCAUUUCCUGUGGAGUCAUUUUCCCCCAAAAUGAACAUAAUUUGGAGUGGAGGAGGGCCCAGGCUUCUGACAGAUCCCUUUAGUUCUUUGUUCCCAUCUCUCAAAUCUUAGGGUGGAUAAUAUCUAAGGAUACUUUUGAUUCUAAAUGCUGUCACCUAGACCUAUCUUCCCUUUUUGUGUGUCAUAGAACAUUAACAGUCUGGAGCUUCUGGACCCCUUUAGAAUCAUGUUUUUUGCCAUAUAUAUGUAUGUGUGUGUAUGUAUAAUUGAAGGAAAUGCUAAAAUGUAGUUAGUGAUAAGUAUAGGUGUGCUUUGUUUUUUUCUCAUCUAGAUUCUUAUCAUCCCCUUGAACCUUUGCACACAUCCUUUGGGGUCCUGUGGGCCCAAAUUAAAGCUUUGAACUAGUGGCCAUAAUGGAUUCCUUUGCCAAAGGGUAGGUUAAUAUGAAGUCUUGAAUCCUGUUGGACUUGACAUCAGCCCAGGAAGCUUAAAGGAGUUCAGCAAAGCACAAGUGAUGGUUGUCAAGGUUACUAGUUACAGACAGAAUCUACCGUGGCACUUGGGCAUUAUAGGCUGAAGAGCAGAAAACAGGCUGCUCUCCUCCAGAACUACCCAUGAGUUCCUGUUUGGGGCCCUUGCUGAGCUCGUAGACAAUGCCAGAGAUGCUGAUGCCACCAGAAUAGACAUUUAUGCAGAGCACCGGGAGAACCUGCAGGGAGGGUUCAUGCUCUGUUUUCUGGAUGAUGGCGCAGGAAUGGAUCCAAGUGAUGCUGCCAGUGUGAUACAGUUUGGGAAAUCAGCCAAGCGGACCCCUGAAUCCACUCAGAUCGGGCAGUACGGAAACGGCUUGAAAUCGGGGUCCAUGCGUAUUGGGAAGGAUUUUAUCCUCUUCACCAAGAAGGACGACACCAUGACCUGCCUCUUCUUGUCUCGGACAUUUCACGAGGAAGAAGGCAUUGACGAGGUGAUUGUCCCACUGCCCACCUGGAAUGCCCGGACUCGCCUGCCCAUCACAGAAAAUAUGGACAAGUUUUCCACCGAGAUCGAGCUCAUCUACAAGUAUUCACCCUUCAAAUCUGAGCAGCAAGUAAUGGAUCAAUUUAAGAAGAUCUCUGGGGAUUCAGGCACGCUGGUUAUCAUCUUUAACCUCAAACUCACAGACAAUGGCGAGCCUGAGCUAGACAUUAUGUCGGACCCCCGGGACAUCCAGAUGGCAGAGACAUCCCCUGAGGGCACGAAGCCUGAGCGCCGCUCUUUCCGUGCCUAUGCCGCCGUCUUGUACAUCGACCCCAGAAUGAGGAUCUUCAUCCAUGGCCACAAGGUGCAGACCAAGAGACUCUCCUGCUGUUUGUACAAGCCCAGGAUGUACAAGUACACCUCCAACCGCUUCAAGACAAGGGCCGAACAGGAGGUGAAGAAAGCAGAGCACGUGGCCCGAAUAGCGGAAGACAAGGCUCGAGAGGCCGAGAACAAAGCCCGAGCAUUAGAACUAAGACUCGGAGGAGACCUCACCCGGGAGUCCAGGGUGGCCUUACGGCAGGUCCAGGGCACAGCCAUUAACUUGCGCAGGGAAGCUGACAUCAAGAAGCGCAUCAGAGAAGCCAAACAGCGGGCCCUAAAGGAACCUAAGGAACUGAACUUUGUCUUUGGGGUGAACAUAGAGCAGCGGGAUUUGGAUGGCAUGUUUAUCUAUAAUUGUAGUCGCCUGAUUAAGAUGUACGAGAAGGUGGGCCCACAGCUCGAGGGUGGCAUGGCCUGUGGAGGGGUAGUUGGGGUGGUGGAUGUCCCCUAUCUGGUUUUGGAGCCCACCCACAACAAGCAGGACUUUGCUGAUGCCAAGGAGUAUCGUCAUCUGCUGAAAGCCAUGGGCGAGCACUUGGCCCAGUACUGGAAGGAUGUGGCCAUUGCCCAGCGGGGAAUCAUUAAAUUCUGGGAUGAAUUUGGCUACCUCUCGGCCAACUGGAGCCAGCCUCCAUCCAGUGAGCUUCGUUACAAACGCAGGAGGGCGAUGGAGAUUCCCACCACCAUCCAGUGUGAUCUGUGUCUGAAGUGGCGGACGCUGCCCUUCCAGCUGAGCUCUGUGGAGAGGGACUACCCGGACACGUGGGUGUGCACCAUGAACCCCGACGCCGAGCAGGACAGCUGCAGCGCGUCGGAGCAGAAGCAGAAGGUGCCUCUGGGGACCCUGAAGAAAGACUUUAAGAGCCAAGAGGAGAAGCAGAAGCAGCUGACGGAGAAGAUCCGGCAACAGCAGGAGAGGCUGGAAGCUCUGCAGAAGACGGUGCCUAUCCGCUCCCCGGCUGACCUGAAGAAGCUGCCCCUGGAAGUGAGCGGCAGGCCAGCGAUGGAGGAGUCCCACACCAUCCGUCGAGUCUCACGGCCCAGGUCCCCCCCGCUGCCGGCCGUGAUUAAGAACGCUCCGAGCCGCCCCCCGCCCCCGCCUCCCCUCCCCCCUCCGAUGGCGAGGUCAGCCUUCCAGGCCAGAAGGGGCCCUCUGUCCAUCUCCUCGAGACCGGCCCACUCGGCAGCCCAGGAGGAGGCCAGCACGUCCCGGAUGUCCCCAUCCACUCUGGCUCCCCGGAAGCCCAGCAGCACCAUUGUCAAACCGGCUCCCAGAGUGGUCUCCGUGGUGAGGUCCCCCUCAUCGCUUGUGCUGAAUUCCAGGCCCCCCCGCGACGUGCCCAUCCCCAAACCGGUGAAGACCCCAGUGCUCAAGAAGCCAGACCCGCCCAGUAAACCUCAGAUCGUCAGUGCCCGGAAGAGAAGCUUCACCCUGACGGAGGACGAGGCUGAAGAAGACGGAGACCGGAGGAAGGAGAAAUCCAAGCGGGGCAAAGUCCUCAUGGUGAAAGACGAGAGGAAAGAGUCGAGUGAAGUGGUGGUAGAGCUCUCAGACAGCGCCAGUGAAGAAGACUUGGUUGAACUGAAGAAAGCCCAGAAAGACAAAGGGCUCCACGUGGAGGUCCGCGUGAACAGGGAGUGGUACACGGGCCGCGUGACUGCCGUGGAGGUGAGCAAACACGUGGUGCGCUGGAAGGUGAAGUUCGACUACGUGCCCACGGAUACCACGCCCAGGGACCGCUGGGUCGAGAAAGGCAGCGACGACGUGAGGCUGAUGAAGCCCCCCUCCCCGGAGUACCAGAGCCCCGACACGCAGCAGCAGGGGGACGAGGACGUGAUCGCCAUCGAGCCCUCCACCUCUGACUGCAUCCGGAUCGAACCCGACACCACCGGCCCCAGCAGCAGCCACGAGGCCGUGGACCUGCUGGUCCAGACCCUGCGGAAUUGUCUCCGGUACUUCCUGCCCCCCAACUUCCCCAUCUCGAAGAAGGAGCUGAGUUCUAUGAGCCCGGAGGAGCUGAUGGCCUUCCCUUUGAAGGAUUACUUCAAGCAGUACGAGGUGGGGCUGCAGAACCUGUGCAACUCGUACCAGACCCGGGCCGAUGCCCGUGCCAAGGCCUCCGAGGAGAACCUCCGCGCCUCGGAGAGGAAGCUUCGAGAGACUGAGGAGAAGCUGCAGAAACUGAGGACCAACAUCGUGGCCCUGCUCCAGAAAGUGCAAGAGGACAUCGACAUCAAUACUGACGACGAGCUGGACGCCUACAUCGAGGACCUCAUCACCAAGGGAGACUGAGCGAGGUGCCAGCGGGCGGCCUGGAGGCGGGCACCACGGCCGGGGUGGCCCCGGGCGGCCGCAGAGGAUGGCGCCUGGCCCGGCGCGCCAGAGCGGGGCAGCAUCUCUUCUCAGGCGCAGACCCACCCGGGACCCCUGGGUUGUUGCAAAGGAAGCUUUGAAACCGUGUAGUUCUUCAGAUUUCCCUCCUUUUGUUUAUAAAUAUUUAUUUUUAAAGAAACGAGGCCCCGCGAGAUAAUGCUUUUUCAUUUCUAGCAGCGGGAUGGGUCUUCCCGGAGGUCCGCUCCUCUCCCCGUCCCUCUGCCCCUGCCUGGGCACGGAAGGGGGCAGGAGACAGCCUCGGCGAAGCCCGUUUCUGACCUCGGAGGAGGAGCGAGGAAGAAGCCGACGUGGGCCGGGCGUCCCGGCGGGUCCCGUGUGUCCUCCCGAGCCAUCGUCACCAGCCUUAGCGGACUCUCCCCGAACUGCUGCCAAUAAAAGGUUUAAAACUGCCCCCUCCAUCUUUCUCUCUUCUUUGCUGCCUCGAAGACUUCCGGGCGCGAAGAUGGCCGGACCGAAGGCCGCCCAGGAUCCUGGCUCGGGGCCCCGAGGGCGCCCGGCGGCCAGAUGCACUCUGUGUGGGCCGUGGCUAAGCGGCGCCUGCACGUCGACGUGCUGCCUCUGUACACGUGUAUGGGUGCGAGGCCGGUCUAGACCUGCCUUGUCCCUGGCGCCCGAGGGCACCGCUCUAGACGAGCCCUGGGGGGAGGCGACGUCCAGCAUGCCCUGCGCCCGGACCAGGAACGCUCAAGUCCCGAUCUGCCUGCAGACACUGGUUGGGGGCUUGGAGCGAUUCAUGUUUCCACUCCCUGCUGCCUCUGUUUUCGUCCUCUGAAAUGGGGGUAACGGCGCCUCCCUCCCAGGGGUCGGAGGGCUCCCAGGAGACCCCUUGAGGAGGAGCCGCUUUGGAAGCCUUAAAGCUCCUGGCGUGGGUGAGCUGCUAUCGUGGUCCUUUUCACCAUCGUCCAAGAGCGAGGCACGAAGAACUCGAGGGAUCUGUCCAUCCUGGCGCUGUCAGAGGCAGGAUUCAAACCCAGCUCUCUGGGCUCCCAAUUCUGGUGCUACGUCCUCUCCCGGGGCUGCCCGCCUCCCAGAAGCUCACUGUCCCCGUGGAUCCCGCGGGCUGUGCGUUACUGUCUGUGUCUGUUGUGUUCAGUAUUGCCCUUGGGAGCGCCCGGGACCUCGGCAGAUACGAGACGGCGUCUGCGGUCAGGAAAACCUGCCUUCAGAUCUGGCCUCCGUUUCCUCGUCUGUACAAAUAAACUGGAGAAGGAAAUGACCAACCGCUCGUCUCUGCCAAGAAAACCCCAAAUGGGAUGGUGACGUCACGUAGAACCAAAACCACAGAACUGGCCAGGAAGUGGGCUCAGCCGCCCCCCCCCCCAUCCCCAGGAUGACCUUUGCCCCACUUUGACCCCGUCCUUCCAGAUCACUGGACAGCUAGCUCUCUGAGGUGGCCCCCAGGAGAACUCGCACUCUGUACUUGAUCGUGGCCCAGACAGGCACUAAAUACACACUCGGCCCAAAGCCCAUCUUGCUCUGUUUUGCCGCUGCCCCCCAAAAGGUGGCGGGGCCGGGGAAGCCCCCUCUCUGGAGUGUCCCGUGGGGGCUCCCUUUGUGCACUCUGGCUCGAAUUUCGGCAGCCUCUUGUGGGAGGGAGGCCGGAUGGGAGGCUGGACUUGCGGGCGCCGGGCCGGGCCCUCGGAUGUUCCACGUUCUUGGCGGCUGGCCUCCUGCUCAUCGAUGCCCAGCUGGUGGCCACCAAAGACAGUGCCCGGACAGAGGGCCAGGCUCGGGCCGGCCUCCAGCCUUGGCCUCCUCAUUGUAAAAUAGGGAUGCGGCAGUCUGUGGGGCCGGGAAAACGCUGGCCGGCCCAGUGGGCCUGCGGCUCUGAAGAAGAACCCGGAGUUGGGCUUCUGAGUGUGUUGUAGUCGGGGCUCUGGCAGGACUUGUGCUCUAAGCCGGAUAAGCUGGAGGGCCGCCGGGGGAAGGGCCGGGAGGGGGUCUGGGGGGGGGGGGUCCAGCAAGAUGACUUCUGAGUGGGGCGCCGCAGGGCUCUCGCAGGAGGGGCAUGGGCAUGGGCAUCCCGCAGGCCCGGUGGUGAUGAUGCGGUGCGGCCACUAGGUGGCGCCGAGCCUGGGAAGAAGAAGGCGACAGGGACUGCAGCCCUGCUGGACUUAGGAAGAUCCCGAGUUGCCUCUUUAAAGGGUGGCUCUUCCUUUGGGGUGAGUGAGAUGUGUGCUUGCACGCGGCUGAGCCGGAGGGGAGCCCGCUGGGGACGGUUUACAGACAGUGUUUGGCUUGGUGGACUGAUGGGAGGGCCGGGUCCAAGUGGGCUGGAGCAGCGUGGCCAGGUCUCCUACCUCCCACGUGCAGCAUUGAGUCUGAGGGGAAGUGAGGCCGCCCGCCGUGUUUAUUAAGCACUGGGGACCCCCCAGAAAAGAGCAAACAGUCUCCAGGCAAUCGAGCACAGUCCGACGUCUACAAGAUAAUCUCAGGGAAGGCCUCUUGCAGAAGGUAGGAAGCCGGCUGGGGAUGCAGGGAAGCCAGGGUAGUCGGAAGAGAAUUCUAGGCACGGGGAUCCACGUGGAGAUGCUCAAGGCCCGGAGCAUGCUUUAUGAUGAGCCAAAAAGCGGGACCUUUCCGGCCCUCCUCACACCUUCCAGGGCUUCCCACCCACCCUCUCAGCGGAGGAUCUUUCAUAGUUCCCUUUGCCCUCUUCCUCGUCUUCUCGUGUCCAGGCCUUCUGCCACCAGCAUCUACCCCGUAGAUGAAGAGGUGGCCUUGCUCUUUGCCAAAGCGAACCCCGCUCUGCUCCAGUCGUGCUCUUCCCGGCUCCUCCAUCAGAUUGCCCCCCUCGUCACCCCCAUUCAUUCUGUCACCGUGUUCCAUCUCCCCCUGCUGGUUCAUUCCAUGCUGCCUGCACACGUUUGUGUCUUCUCCAUCCUGAAGAAAAUCCUCACUUGGUCCUUCUGCCCCCAAUAUCGUCCCGUCUCUCUUGCCCUUUGUGGGUCUACACAGGGGUCUCCACUUCCUUCUCUCCUUACCCCGAUGAUCCGUCUUCCAAUCAUUGCUGCUCUCUCCAAAGGGAACGAUUAUCUUAGUUGCCCAACCCAAUGGGCUUUUCUCAGUCCUCUCCAACCUUUGAUCCUGUUCAAUGCUCUCCUCUGGGUUUUCAGGACGCCACGUCUCCUGGCCCUCCUCUCCUCUUAUAUGCUGCUUGAUUUGGUCAUCUCAUAAGUUCCCGUGAAUUGUGAAUUCAGUUGUGCAGAUUCUCCUAUUUACCUUUCCUGCUCCAGGCUUCUGCUGAUCCCCCAUUUCACACCUCUCAAAACAUUUCUCGCUGGAUUUCCGAUAGUCAUCUUCGACUCCUCAGUUUCCCCUAAACCCUCCUCCCUCCUGUCAUUCCUGUUCCUGUCGAGGACAACCUCCUCCCCAUUCCUCAGGCUCUCCACCCAGGAACUGUCCUGGACGCCUCACAGGAUCUAGGAUCCCUUGAACCCAUCUCAGCCACAGACCUAAUCAUGGUUCCACUCAAAGAUUUGGACCUGGUUAUUCAAAGAAUCCCCUCUUCACACAUAGCUCACAAGUGGUUUUCCAGGAUCUGCUGAAAAUCCUGUCAUGUGUGACCUAAAAUAGCCUGUUCCACUUUGGGAAUAACUGGAUGGAUGGAUGGGUGGAUGGAUGGAUGGGUGGAUGGAUGGGUAGAUAGAUGGAUGAGUAGGUGGAUGGGUGGAUGGAUAGAUGGGUAGAUGUGUGGAUGGAUGUGUGGGUGGAUGGGUGGAUGUGUGGGUGGAUGGAUGGGUAGGUAGGUGGAUGGAUGGAUGGGUAGAUGUGUGGGUGGAUGGGUGGAUGGAUGGGUAGAUAGAUGGAUGGGUGGGUGGAUGGAUGGAUGAGUAGAUGUGUGGAUGGAUGGGUGGAUGUGUGGGUGGAUGGAUGGAUGGAUGGAUAGAUGGGUGGAUGGGUGGGUGGAUGGGUGGAUGGGUUGGUGAAAGAUCAUUAAAUAUUGACUUUGUGCCAAGCACAAUGCUUCGUUCUGGGGGUCCAAGUACAAAAGCAGAAACCGUCCCUGCUCUCAAGAAGCGUAUACUAAUGGGAGGGAUACCCCAGACAAGGGAAUGCCUUUGGGCAGGGCACUUUGGUUUGGGAAGUUGUCGGGGUGGUAAGAAGAGCCCUACCAGGCUCUCUCCAGCAGGAAUGGCGGGGUGGAUUGGAUUAGAGUUCCAGAACUAGAAAGGGGAGAGGUAGGAGGUGAGGGCCGUGUCACAGGGCAUGAUCAAGAAGCUGGCUACUAAAGAAAGGAAGGUGGACCUAGACAGGACUGUGUGAUGAAAGGGUUUGGGGCUAACACGGCCGAGUCCUCUAGGCAUGGUCUCUGCGAGGGAGAUGGGCCAGUCCCAUCAGUUCUCGAACUUUUUGGUCUCAGGACCCCUUUACACUCUUAAAAAAUUGAGGAUUCCCCAAAGGGCUUUGUUUGUGUGGGUUAUCUUUCUCAAUACUUACUGUAGUAGAAAAAUAAGCUGAUGCAUUUCAAAAAUAUUUAUUAACUAAUUUAAAAACAAUAAACCAUUCCUGCUAAUAUAAAA